AUGGUGCAGCACUUUGACGACCCUAAUCUGCAAGCGGCCGCGCGCCAGCUGUCUCCUGGCAAAUACAUAGCCUAUGUGGCCGUCAAUACUGACUUUCCUAUAUCCGAUCGCCCAUGGUAUCGGUGUCUCGUACGAUUCGUUGGACUGGGUAUGCCACAAGACCAGCCUGACCAGUUUGUUACCCCCGAUAUGUGCGUCCCUGUAUUCCCGGCAACCGAGCAUCCUGCAGGUCGCAGAUCCUUUCAGCCUUCAAAACCCUUUCCGUUCUCGAAUUGCUACCUGCAUACGUGGGUCUAUGCAACCGUCCGUUUCCCUUUUCGACAUGUUGAUUAUGGAGAUGCAUGGGAGAUGUCAGUGAAAGACAUGGCGGAUCAUCGUCGUUACAUGAAUGAGGACCAGCAGAAGCAUAACAUGCUCAUCGAGCAAGCUAGUCCGCCGACGAAGAUCGAACCUGUUCCGUCAGCGCCUAGCAGCAUAGUCGAAGUCACGCCUGAUACCACUGUAGGAUCAACAGGUAUCGUAAAAGUAGAGGAUUGGCUCAAGACUACGGAUCGCAGCCAUGAACCCCUCGAGGAAAUGCAUGCGGACGAUGAACUCGGUCCUGAAGUCUCCAGUGACGAUGCACCUGACUUGCUGCCUGAAGACGAAGUCUCGCCUUCUACUCCCCCUAGCGAAGACGAUACCAACAGCCUGGAUGAGGUUAACCAGCUCUUCGCCAGUGUCUUCCGUCCUAAUUUUUCUCACAUCGAUGUCGAUGUAAUACCCAUGGUCGAUUUUUCGUUCGACCUGACCGAGGUCAAAGAACUCUUGGAUCCGCGCGGUUUCCUAGAGGAGGCGGAGGCCAUGGCUGAACUCAUUCGGAAAUUCCGCGCAGGCACGCUUAUUGACGUCCCCGACUCCCAUGCUCUUCCAGAUCACUCUAUGGCGUCCCGUCUGGACGACCAUACAAUUUCUCUAGAUAGCCCGGUGGCGGCCUCUCCGACUGACCCCCUGGCGGUCCUUCCGAGCAACUUCAUGGUGGCCCUUACCAGCCAUGGCGAUCCUAAAGCGACAUCCGAACAGUGUCCCAGCCCGGUACCUCCAGUGAGUGAUAGGCCAAUUGAGAACGUAACCAGCAGCACGUUGCAUCCCAGCGCGAACGCUACCGCCGAUGUCGUUGACUGUGCGGCGACUCACGUCGAAGCAGCACAACCUCUCCACGAUACACCUGCUGAGCUGUCAUCUGAGCCAAAGGUCACUUCUUCAUCACCGGGCAAAGGGUGGUUCUCGCGACUUCUCCCGAGAUGCCAAGAUGGCUCAGAUGUUUCAUCUGGAUCGCACGGAGGUUCGUCGUCACAAAAGCCCGUCAUUCUAUUAUUCAUCAACCCAUUCUAG